AUGCGGCCUCGCCCGGGGCGGUGGUGGCUGCUGCUCUGGCUGCCGCCCCUGGCCAGAAUGUCCGCGGGCACCACGCGCGGGGAGGAGGCGGCGUUGACGGCACUGUCAGUUACAAGGUGUAAAGUUUUGACGGAAAUGGAUUUAAUUAAAACUUCAAAUUCAGACUGUUAUUGCUACAAUCAAAAUACCCAAGUGAAGUGGAAAUACAUGUGGUCAACUGUGCAGGUGAACAUUAUCGGUCCAGGCCUGCUUGGUAUUAUAUAUAUAAAAGAAAAGCAUAACUGCCAGUAUCCAGAAACCAUUCUGUCUUUUGUCAAAUGUGUGAUUCAUAACUUUUGGACACCAAAGGAGUCUAAUGAAAUAACUAUAAUAAUCAAUCCUUAUGGGGAGACUGUGUGCUUCUCUGUGGAGCCUAUCAGGAAGAUAUUUACUUACACAAUAAGUGUGCAUCGAAAUAUUGUGGAUCCCAAACUCUUCCUUGUGUUUGUGACAGGCAUUUUUCUUUUCUUUUAUGCAAAGACCCUGAGUCAAAACUCUGUUUUCUAUUACUCUUCGGGGACCGUGCUAGGUCUUCUAAUGACAUUAGUCUUUGUCCUGCUGUUGGUGAAAAGGUACAUUCCAAAGUAUAGCACCUUUUGGGCUCUAAUGGUUGGUUGUUGGUUUGCUUCAGUUUAUGUUUUAUGCCAGUUGAUGGAAGAGCUGAAGUGGCUGUGGUAUGAAAACAGAAUAUAUAUAUUAGGCUAUGUUCUGGUAGUUGGGUUUUUCAGCUUUUAUGCCUGUUACAAACACGGGCCCCUUGUGGAUGCCAGAAGCAGGUGUCUUCUGAUGUGGACCCUGCGGCUCCUCUCCCUGCUCCUGGUCUAUGCUGGUGUGGCCGUGCCUCCCUUCGCCUACACGGCCGUGAUCCUCCUCGUGUCCUCCUGGAGCCUGCGCUACCCACUGAAGGCAUUCAGUUAUGUGAUGAGGAAAAUGAAGCAGCAGUUGACAUCACAAAAGCUGGUGGUUACUUACCUUACUGAAGAGGAGUACAGGGAACAAACUGAUGCUGAAACUACCAGUGCUUUGGAGGAACUGCGCCAAGCCUGCCGCAGACCCGACUUCCCAUGGUGGCUGGCCAUCUCCAGACUCCAGACGCCUAAAAAAUUUGCAGACUUUGUUCUUGGAGGAAGCCACUUGUCACCUGAAGAAAUCAGUCUACAUGAAGAACAAUAUGGCCUUGGGGGUGCCUUCCUGGAAGAGCAGCUUUUUAACCUGAGGACUGACACUCUACCUGCAAGUUGACCUCAUUCUGGACAAGGAAGUGGGUAA